AUGGCGCCUUCUUACCUGUCUCUAGCUUUUCUGCUGCUGGGAGAAUCCUUCGCAUCACAGCUUCCUCUCUUUGAGUCAGCGUCCACAUCUCAGAUCCACUUGGCCGCAAAGAAGGAGCUGGUCAGCUCCAAAUCGCUUCAAGAUAGUAUUCAUGCAGACAGUCUCUUUGAACGAGCUAAGACACUCUACAGCAUUGCUGAGCUGGGAGAAGGCGAAUAUAACCACCCAACUAGAGUCAUUGGGAGCAAAGGACACCUCGGUACCAUUGAUUAUAUUUAUUCCACCAUUGCUGAAUUGGGAGACUACUACGUACUGUCGAACCAGUCCUUUCCUGCAGUAGUGGGGAACGUGUAUGAAUCACGCUUGGUUUUGGGAAGUGAAGUCCCAGUUUCGGCUAUUGCGAUGAGUUUGACUCCUCCCACCACGGGUAAGGAGCCAGUUCUCGGACCACUAGCGCUUGUGUCGAAUGUCGGGUGUAGUGCGUCGGACUACCCAGAUCUAUCUGGUAAGAUCGCGCUCAUCAGUCGUGGCGAGUGUCCCUUUGGCACCAAGUCCGCUCUGGCUGGAAGAGCCGGCGCUGUCGCCGCUGUAGUUUAUAAUAAUGAGAAAGGCGCGCUGGGUGGAACCUUGGGCACACCAUCCCCUGACCACGUUGCUACUUUCUCGAUUUCCGACAGUGAUGCUGCACCGCACAUCAAGAAGUUGAAGAAUGGAGAGCUGGUCGAGGCCAGCGCUUACAUUGACGCCAUUGUGGAGAGCAUUGAGACGACCAAUAUUAUCGCCCAGACCAAGGAAGGCGACCCCGACAACUGCGUCAUGCUGGGUGGUCAUAGUGACAGUGUUGCAGAAGGCCCUGGUAUCAACGAUGAUGGUUCUGGUUCUCUUACUCUUCUCGAGGUCGCUACCCAACUGACAAAUUAUCACGUUAACAAUUGUGUGCGUUUCGCCUGGUGGGCAGGCGAGGAGGAAGGGCUACUCGGAUCGGACUACUAUGUCUCCGUUCUAUCCCCUGAAGAAAACCUGAAGAUUCGUCUUUUCAUGGACUAUGACAUGCUCGCGUCGCCCAACUUUGCCUACCAAGUCUACAAUGCUACCAACGCCGUGAACCCCGUUGGAUCUGAGGAGCUGCGUGACCUCUAUACCGAGUUUUACACUUCUCAUGGCUUGAAUUUUACUUAUAUUCCGUUCGACGGUAGAAGUGACUAUGAUGCUUUUAUCAGGCACGGCAUUCCUGGUGGCGGCAUUGCUACUGGGGCGGAGGGUGUCAAGACAGAGGCCGAACAACAAAUGUUUGGUGGUAUCGCUGGUGACUGGUUUGAUCCCUGUUAUCACCAGCUUUGCGAUAACUUGGCCAACCUCAACCUUACUGCUUGGGAGUUGAACACAAAGCUCGUCGCGCACUCUGUUGCCAUGUACGCUCAGUCCUUCGAUGGAUUCCCGAAAAGAACAAGCUUUGAGGCCGCUGCUGUGCCAGAUGCCCUCCCGGGCAAGUACCACGGGCAUCAGCUGCAGCUCUAG